AUGCCAGUCACCCGCGCAUCCACCCGGACAAAGGACUCAUCCAAGUCAAGGCAAGUCCCUCUUCAUGCUGUCUCUCACUCUGGCUCUCGGGUUAGCUAUAGAAAUUCAGUUAGCAGUACGCGCUCACAGCUCCUGCUUGCUGAGUUGAAAGAAAAGCAGCUCAAGGAGGAGCUAGAACUAGAAACUAGGGAGCAGGAACUUAGCAAACAGCGUAGACUGUUGAAGGCUAGACAGGAGGUCGAAUUCGCCCAGCGUAGCGCCUUGCUUGAAGACGAACAAGGCGAUGUAGACCUGCCCGCACUCCCUAUUUAUUCGUCAAACAGAGUUGACGAGUUUGUCACAGAAUGUGUUGCGGUGGCUGCAAAUCAACCAUCCGCCGAUUGUUAUGACGAUUUGCCGAUUGACCCCCCCCCCACUGCCACGUUGGGAAACGCUAUGGCGUCCGCUCUCGUCCCACUUAUUGCGGAAGCUGGUCUCCCCAAAGUAGAGCUCGCUUAUUUCGAUGGGCACCCAGCUGACUACUGGGGGUUCGUCAAGCAGUUUGAGCUCUAUAUGGAGAGCAAGGUGGUAGAUGACGGAAGACGUCUGCUCUACCUCAUUCAUUACUGUAAGGGACGAGAUAGACUGGCUAUUGGCAACUGCGUAAUGCUGCCGCCCGGUCAGGGUUAUGAAAGAGCUCGACGUACCCUUCGAGACCUCUUCGGGCAUGCACACUACAUUGCUAUGGCAUCGAUAGAAGGCCUACUUCAAGGCGCGAAGUCCAUUCCCAACAACUCAGAUGCCCUGUCGGAAUUGGCCAUUAAGAUGGAGAACUGCCACAUCACAUUGAAACAAAUGAACUAUGAGGCAGAUGUAGACUCCUCCACCACCCAAGAAGAGAUAGUCCGUGCCCUACCGAAGCCUCUGCAGUACAAAUGGGCCGAAAUCGUCGAUCAGCUAACGCUUAGUGGUCAUGAGCCCAGUUUUCUGAAUUUAACCACAUUUGUUUCAUCGCGGGCACGCAUAGCUCGCAGCCGGUUCGGACAGUUAGCCGAUCGAUCACCCCAUGGUGUCGAAACGACUGUUACGAGAGCUCCUCCAAGGAAAGAGUAUCCGGCGAUAACCUGCAAUGCCGCUGAUUGCCAAUCUCGCCAUCACAGCCUGCUCCAUGGUGGCGAAGUUCCCAAGUUAACUCACGCAGUAUCCACAGAUCAGGCUCGCUGCUGGAAGCCAG